UUCUUUUUUAGAAAAGAACAACAAAGAUAAAUUUCACAUUAUGAAUAGAUAUAUGAUACAAGAAUACUUAAAUGGAUAUUAUAACUAUAUACAAAUCUACACAGAUGCAUCAAAAAAUACAGCUAAUAAGGUAGGGAUAGCAUUUAUUGUGCCACAGCUUCAAAUUAAAGUAGGAAAAAGGAUCAGUGAUGGAGUCUCAGUGUAUACAGGAGAAAUGCUUGCUUUGCUUUUAGCAGUUCAGUGGGUGGAAGAGGUAAGACCAUUAAAAUCAAUUAUUUGCUCAGAUUCUAGUUCUUCGUUAUUCAGUUUGCAAAAUAAUAAAUCAGAUAGUAGACCAGAUAUAUUAAUUGAAAUACAACAAACACUUUACAGAAUCAAUAUGAUGGGGCUAACAGUAAAUUUUGUUUGGGUUCCAGCACAUCACGGGAUUAAGGGUAAUGAAAUGGCAGACAGAAUGGCCAAAGAGAGUACUAACCGGGUGAAGAUAGAUAUUAAUGUUAGUUUUAGUAUAACAGAAAUAAAGGGUACAAUUAAAAAAAAAACAAGAGAGAGGUGGCAAAAGUUAUGGGAUGAAGAAAAGAAAGGAAGGUGGUUAUAUAAAAUUCAAAAGAAUAUUGGUCAAAUGAGAAGAACAGAAAGAAUAAGAAGAGAAGAGAUAAUUAUUUCACGGUUUAGAAUCGGACAUACUGGACUAAAUAGAUCAUUAUUUCUAAUAGGGAAACAUCAGACAGGGAAAUGUGACUGUGGGGAAGAUGAGACAUUGGAACAUGUUAUUUUCAGUUGUAGGAAUUAUUUGAUGCAAAGAAAUAACUUAAUUAGAAACCUUAGUAGCAUGAAAAUGAAAUUUGAUAUUGUUGAUUUAUUACAAAAAGAUUCAGGAAGUAGAGGAUAUGAGGCCUUAUUUUAUUUCUUAAAACAGUGUAAGUUGUUUAAUAGGAUAUAGUAAUAUUUAUUUAUUUAUUUAUUUAUUUAUUUUUAUUUAUUUAUUUAUUUAUUUUUGUUUGUUUUUUGUCAUGUGGUCCACACUCCUUACCAGUUGGUGGCGGUAAUGCAUACCUAAAGUUUCUUGCCAACCGCCAUUAAAAUUCAAAUAGAAGAAGAAGAA